GGCUGCGCAGAUGAGUCGCGCAGCAAUCGUCGGUGGGACCUUGCUGGUGCUGGCACUGGCCUUGGCUCUGAUCGCCGCCCUUACGGACACAGCCGUGCCGCGGCGGCUUAGCGAGGUGACUGGAGGCCGGCCGGUUUGCUCACUGACCAACCGACCUUGCCAUCAGACCCAGUGCUGUGCCAUGCGCCACGACCGGUGCUUCCAGCAGUUUGGCGAGCGAAGCUACUGCCGCGCAAGCUGCUCACCCAAGAACGGAUGGAGUUGCGCACAGCCUUUUGCACACCCGCUGGCGAAGGCGCGGCAGACGGAGCACUGGCCGGAUCUCGUGGCAGUUUGCUCUGCGGGGAUGGUACUGGUGGACACCGCCGCGUUUCGCGUGAAGUACAAUUCCACGUGCGAGACAUACUGCCGCAUGGGUGCGGCUCCAGCUGUGAGCUUCCCUCUCUUCGGGCUGGAAGGACCAGGCUACGGGAAGCUGCGCAGCUGUCCUGGAGACAAAGGAGGAAAGUACCUGGGCUCGAUUUGCGAGUGCAGCCUUCCAGACCGCCCCUUGGAAUCAGAUUCCGGCUGGGUCCCGAACGUCGAGUUCGGCUCCGGCUGCGAGUUUCUUCCGCGCAGCGUCUCCAAUCCGGCGUCACUAGCCAACCUCUGCAUGAAGAGUUGCCCAGCGUCCUUCAGGACGGCGCCGGCCUUCCGGCUGGCAGGCUGCUUUCUCCUACUCCAGACUUCUCACGCCUGGCUGUCGAACCCGUUUGCAGCAAAGGCACCAUCCAUCUAUAGCAUUCCGCUGAAGAAGCAAUACGUGCCGGUGCAGAAGGAUGGGAAGACCAUUGCAUACAAGACCGCCUACUUCGGCGAGGUGCACGUGGGCACGCCUUCACAAACCUUCACGGUGGUUUUCGACACAGGGUCUGGCCAUCUGAUCUUACCCUCAACUGGUUGCGCCAGUCCGGCGUGCCUGAAGCACCAGCGCUACAACCGCAGCUCCUCCCACUCGGCCGUGGACAUCGAGUACGAUGGCACCAAGCUUCGCGCCGAUGCCGUCGAGAGGGAUCAGGUUGCCAUCGCCUUCGGCACUGGAGAAGUGCAGGGGGAGUUCGUGAGCGAGGAUGUCUGCAUGUCAAGGGGCGCAGGCUCGGCCGAAGGCUGCGUCAACCUUCGCGUGGUGCUCGCAUCCAGGAUGACAGAGGACCCCUUCAGCCACUUCGACUUCGAUGGAGUCCUGGGGCUGGGCUUGGAGACCCUGGCCCUCAGCCCCGAGUUCAGCUUCUUCGGGCAGAUGCUGCGGCAGAACCCCCGCAUGGAGCCCCGCUUCUCUGUCUUUCUGGCACAGAACGAGGGAGUGGACAGUGUCAUCUCCUUUGGAGGGCACGAAGAGAAGUUUGCAGACACGGAGAUUCAGUGGGUGCCUGUGGCCAUGACUGAGCUCGGCUACUGGCAGGUAAAUUUGAAGUCCGUGAAAGUCGGCGAUCAGGUCUUAGAAGACUGCGAGGACGGCACCUGCCGCGCGAUCCUGGACACGGGGACAUCGCUGUUGGGAGUGCCGCGGCAGGCAGUGCGAACCAUGCAUCGCAUGCUGGCGAGACCAGUCGGAGAGGAGAAGGCCAACGAGCCGGGCAUCGAUUGCCGCAGGCUCCCAGGCGCACAGCUGGACUUCGAGUUGGCGGGGGGAGUGAUGAGCCUGCAGCCAGAGGACUAUUCCAGGCAGCGAAUCAAUCGAUUCGGAGGCCAGCCGGGUCUACAGACCUUGCUGGCUUUGAGGCUGGCUGGGUUGCUUGUCCAGCUGGGCCUCGAGGCCAGCAGGGUCUGCAAGACCCUGCUGGCUUUGAGGCUGGCUGGGUUGCUUGUCCAGUUGGGCCUCGAGGCCAGCGGGGUCUGUAAGACCCUGCUGGCUUUGAGGCUGGCUGGGUUGCUUGUCCAGUUGGGCCUCGAGGCCAGCAGGGUCUGCAAGACCCUGCUGGCUUUGAGGCUGGCUGGGUUGCUUGUCCAGUUGGGCCUCGAGGCCAGCAGGGUCUGCAAGACCCUGCUGGCUUUGAGGCUGGCUGGGUUGCUUGGCCAGUUGGGCCUCGAGGCCAGCGGGGUCUGUAAGACCCUGCUGGCUUUGAGGCUGGCUGGGUUGCUUGUCCAGUUGGGCCUCGAGGCCAGCGGGGUCUGUAAGACCUUGCUGGCUUUGAGGCUGGCGCUCAUGGCCCAAACCCUGCAGGAGGUCUGCCAAAUGCUCCUGAACGCCGUGACGCAGGCGAGUUGGUUUCUUGUGCGGACAUCUGCCCCUUCUGACGUCACAGGUCAUUUGCCGGCAGUGCCUGUGACGGCUGGCGGUCAGAUGAAAGCUGGCCUUUCUCAAGGUGCACCUGGUCCGGCGGUCAAGUUCAUUGUGCCGCACACACCGCCGCCCAAGUCCAGCGCCCCGAAGCCACCGCCACCAGUACCAGUGAAAGCCAAGCCGGCCUGGCCUGAGGCCAGCGAGGUCCUGCAGCCUCUGCUGGCUUUGGGGCUGCCUCGAGGCCAGCGAGGUCUUGCAACCUACGUUGGCUGUGGUGUCACCUUGCGGCCCGCAAGGUCCUGCAACCUCUGCUGGCUUUGGGGCUGCCUUGAGGCCAGCGAGGUGUUGCAACCUCUGCUGGUCUUGGGGCUGAGCAAGGUGUGGUGGCCUCUGCUCGCUUUGAGGUCUUACAACCUCUGCUGGCUUUGGGGCUGCCUCAAGACCAGCAAGGUCUUACAACCUCUGCUGGCUUGGCUGCCUCGAGGCCAGCGAGGUCUUGCAACCUACGUUGGCUGUGGUGUCGCCUUGCGGCCCACGAAAUCCUGGAACCUCUGCUGCCUUUGGGGCUGCCUUGAAACCAGCGAGGUGUUGCAAACUGUGCUGGCAUUCUGCUGGCUUUGGGGCUGCCUCGGGGCCAGCGAGGUCUCCUCUACUGGCCUUGGGCUCAAGGCCAGCAAGGUCUCACAACCUCUGCUGGCUUUGGCGUCGCCGAGGCCAGCAACGGUGCAGCCUCCGCUGGUGCCUCGGGGCCAGCGAGGUCUUACACUGUCUUUGGGUCUGCCUUGA